AUGUCUUCGUCAGUAUCCUCCUUGAUCGAAAGCCUUGUUGCGGCGGGCAAGGCAUACGAGAAUAAUGAACCUGGUGCAAGAGAAGCGCUCAUCGACAACAGUCGAGCGCUGGCUACUUCGCUCGAAAUUCCAAGUGAAUUCUUACAGCGCAGUUUCUGGGCCGAACCAGCAUUGUCGGCCAGUAUACGAAUCGCAGUUAAUGUCAAACUAUUCCAACACCUAAAGGAAUCCGGAGAAUCAGGACUCAGCGCCGAAGUACUAUCCGCAAAGACGGGCAUUGAUAUUGUUCUACUCCAGCGCCUUGCACGACAUCUCGUUGCGAUGCACCUUCUUACUUUCCGUGACGGCGCAUUCCAUGCUACGAUAUUGAGUAACGGUCUCGCAGAAGAAAACUACCAAGAUAGUAUCGCUUUCUGCUACGAUACGGCCAGACCAUCAUUCAACGGAUUCCCCGAAUUCUUCCAAAAAACAGAGUACAAAUCCCCCAGUCUCGGAACGCUGGAUGGCCCAUUUCAAAACGCGCACAAGACCCAACUUCCUUUUUUUGACUGGUUGAUUGCGACGCCACCGAAUCUACAACAUUUUGACUCCUUUAUGAGCGCGUACCGAGCUGGGAAAGCUAAUUGGUACGAUCCUGGAUUCUAUCCAGUCGCUGAGCGAUUGAUUACUGGGUUCGAUACCUCCGAGAGCGAUGUACUGCUCGUCGAUGUUGGUGGUGGCCGGGGUCACGACAUGGCUCUCUUUUGCGCGCAAUAUGACUCUUCCGCUCAUAAAGGUCGAGUGGUCCUCCAGGAUCGCGAACCUGUCAUUGCCGCCGUAAAAGAGGCUAGUCAAAACCUUCCCUUUGAGGCUCAGGCUCACGACUUUUUCACCCCGCAACCUAUCAAGGGUGCACGCGCAUAUUCCCUUCACUCCAUCUUGCACGACUGGAGCGACGAGGACGGCGUCAAGAUUCUGCAGAAUCUCGCGCCGGCCUUAAGAAAGGGCUAUUCGCGAGUCUUGUUUAAUGAGAUCGUCGUCAGCGAGGAGAAACCGACUCUCGCCGCGACGAGUAUGGAUCUAAUGAUGCUGGCACAUUUUGCUGUUAGGGAAAGGACAGAGGCCGAAUGGAAGGGAAUCCUUGAAAACGCUGGAUUGAGAAUUACCAAUAUCUACACCUAUCCUGGUGUUGCCGAGAGUCUGAUUGAGGCGGAAUUGGCAUAA